UUUGACUUAUUUUGGAAGUAUUUGUAAAUAUUAUGUAAUAAAUAUUUUCUUGGAGGUUUAAUUUGAUAAAGCCAUGCUAAAAUAAAAUGAAGCUAUUCAAACUUGUUGUUCACACAAGGGGUUUCAGUGGCGAGGACCUGAUCAUCAACCCGAAGGACUUCUCGGGCAUAAAGAAGGGCGACGUGGUGGAGAUAUACCACCCCGAGGAUGAGUUCAGUCGCCUGCUGCUGCAGAUCACGUCCUUCAAGGAGGACCUCCAGAGCCGAGAGACGAUCAGCGUGGAGCAGAGCAUCGCGACGACGUUCCAGCUGCGGACGUACGCGGACGUGUGCAUGAACAUCGUGAGCCCCGCGGACGUGUCCCUGGACUCGGUGGAGCUGACCUUCAAGGACCAGUACAUGGGCCGCAGCGAGAUGUGGCGGCUGAAGAACAGUCUGGCGAACACGUGUGUGUAUCUGAACAAGAAGAUUGAGUUCUGCGGGGGCAGCAUCCGCUGUCAGGUGUACGAGAUGUGGUCGCAGGGAGACCGCGUGGCGUGUGGCGUCAUCACCGACGACACCAAGGUGGUGUUCAGGUCGUCAACCAGCAUGGUGUACCUGUUCAUCCAGAUGAGCUCAGAGAUGUGGGACUUCGACAUCCACGGAGACCUGUACUUCGAGAAGGCCGUCAACGGGUUCCUCGCCGACCUCUUCCAGAAGUGGAAGAAAAACGGCAGCAACCACGAGGUGACGAUCGUGCUGUUCUCGCGCACGUUCUACGCCGCCAGCAACCUGGAGGAGUUCCCGGAGCACAUGCGGGAGUGUCUGCAGCAGGACUACAAGGGCCGCUUCUACGAGGACUUCUACAGGGUGGCCGUGCAGAACGAGCGCUACGACGACUGGUGCUGCACGCUGGUGCAGCUGCGCCGGCUGUUCACGGACUACCAGGGCACGGUGCUGGGCUACCACGGCAAGCAGGGCGCCCUGGUCCCGAGGGCCGUCAACUCCACCGCCGCCCAGGGCAACUUCUUGGAAGUGCUCAACAUGUCGCUCAACGUGUUCGAGAAGCACUACCUGGACCGCAGCUUCGACCGCACGGGCCAGCUGUCCGUGGUGAUCACGCCGGGCGUGGGCGUGUUCGAGGUGGACCGCGAGCUGACCAACGUCACGAAGCAGCGCAUCAUCGACAACGGCGUGGGCAGCGACCUGGUGUGCGUGGGGGAGCAGCCCCUGCACGCCGUGCCCCUGCUCAAGUUCCACAACAAAGAUGCGUCAUUCACCGCAGAUGACUACAGCAUGCCUCACUGGAUCAAUCUCAGCUUCUACUCAACCAACAAGAAGGUGGCGUACUCGAACUUCAUCCCGAGGAUCAAGCUGCCGCCAAAGCGCAGCAAGCCGUCGCCCACCAAGGACCGCGCGUUCGUCCCGCCCGCCAAGUCGAAGCUCGUCGGCGAGGACGAGAGCAUGCCCAACUCGCCCUUCGACUACGACGCCUACGACGCCCAGGUGUUCCAGCUGCCGCCGCCCCGCUCGGCCAGCCUUCAGAGGAUCAGCGUGCGCACGAAGAAGGCGAGCGUGACGGCGAUGGAGGGGGCGCCGGGCGGCCCCAAGGCGGCGGGGCGGAAGCUGUCGGACCCGGACAUCCACCACCAGGCCGGGGGCAGCUCCCCGGGCUCCCCCACGGGCACGCUUGCCCCGCGCUCCGCCGCCAUCUCCAUCCCGCAGAACCGCGGCGGCGACGCCUCCUCCCCGCAGCCCUCCGCCGUCCAUCCGGACGGCAAGGCGAAGGCGUUCGUGGUGCGCGACAACGUGGGGGAGGCGGAGAUCUCGCCGCCGUUCCGCCCCGUCGUGGGCAGCGCGGGGUCCCCGGGCAACCCGUCGCACACCCAGAACACGGUCAUCCGGCCGGGGCGCGCGCUCAUCAACCCCUUCGACCCAUCCCACGUCACCAUCAAGCUGACGUCCAACCGCCGGCGCUGGACCCACAUAUUCCCCAAAGGUCCCAGCGGCGUGCUGAUCCAGCAGCACCACUACCAGGCCGUGCCUGCCGUGUCCUCGGAGCAGCCGGCGCUGGAGCCCGUGUCCACGUCGCCGGUCGGCGCGGACGACGGCGGCGGGGGCGGGCCCGGGGGCGGUGGCUUCCUGUCCCGCUCGGCGUCCCAGACCACGUUCCUGGAGAACCUGAAGGCGCGGCCCGGGCCCCGGCCCGCCGCGCCCUCGCCGGCGGACAAGCAGCUGCACAGCAACAAGAGCCUGACGCUGCUGUGGGGCGCGACGGGCGAGCAGGAGUGGACCCCGGCGCUCACCACCGUUGGAAAAGUUAUCAUAGGCGUGGACUGGAAGUCGCUGACCAUCCCCGCCUGCCUGCCCAUCACCACGGACUACUUCCCGGACAAGCGCAGCCUGCAGAACGACUACGUGGUCUCCGACUACAACCUGCUGCCGGACGACGUGAACGCCGACUUCGCCCACAAGCGCGCCAUCUACCGCAAGCCGCUCACCACCAAGGAGGUCUUCCGCGAGCUGGUGUCGCAGCGGCUGGCGCAGGGCUUCCAGCUGAUCCUGCUGCCGAAGCGGGGCCCCCCGCCCCAGCCGCAGACCCCGGGCAGCGCCUGCCACGUGAUGCCGGGCGGCGUGGGCUCCCGCGUCCUGUCGCGGCCGCGCGACGUCGAGGCCUCGGAGGAGUACUUCCUCAGCAUCGGCCGCGUCUUCCACAAGAUCUCCCUGAACGGGUCCGCCAUCACCGUCACCCGGUACCGGCCCCGCCACCCGUACCCGCCCUUCAACAUCCACUACCGCUACCGCUUCCACGCCCCGCACCACGACACCUACGAGCUGUCCUGGGUGUCCUUCACCACGGAGAAGCUGGAGAACUUCAACUGGAACUACCUGGACCACUACAUCUGCACCCGGGGCGAUACCGACUUCCAGCUGCAGGAGGCGCAGAAGUACUGGCGCUUCCGCAUGUACCUGCUGCCGCUGAGCCAGCCGGCGACGCGCCGUGUGCUGGACGGCGCGCCGCGCUGCGACGCCUACGCCGCGCCGGGCGCCGACGAGCAGGGGCGCCUGGUGGAGGGCUUCCUGCGCUUCGUCGAGACCUGGGCCAACCGCAUCAAGCGGCCGGCCGCCCCCGGCAAGAAGCCCCGGAGCCCCGCCUCCUCUCUGCUUCCAAGCUCCAAACCUCUGGCUCCGACGCUGAUACCUCGCCGACACAGCGCCAGCACCAUUUUCCUCUCGCAGGGCAGCGUGGGGGGCGGCUCGCCCUUCCGGGAGCGCCUGGGCAGCAACCGGGCCGGGGAGCGGCCCAGGCCGAGGUCGGGCUCCAAGGUGAUGGAGCGAGUGAAGGCAGUGGGCGCGCCGGGCGGCGGCCGUGUGUCCCCGGCCAGCGAGGCGGCCUCGGAGAAGACUGCGGACGGCGGCCAGGGGGAGGACGUCUUGGAUGACGGGCAGGGGAAGGCGGUGCCUCGCUGCCUGCGGAGCGGGGCGUCCCUGCCGGAGAUCCUGGAGGCCAUGAGGCAGCCGGCGACGGGGGUGGGCUUCGUGUCUCUGCACCCCAGCCUGCCCAGCUGCACCUUCGUGAGCGCGGACGCCGUGCAGUGGCUGGUGGCAAGCGUGGAGGGCGUGUCGCGCGAGGAGCCUGCCGUCGCCAUCAUGGAGGACAUGAUGAAGGAGCAGAUGGUCUGCCACGCUUCGGGGGACUUCUCGUUCCCCUUCGUGGUGGGCUUCUACCUGUACCACUUCGUGCAGCAGGACAGGGACGCGCAGAAAGACGCGGGCGACUGCCGCCGGCCGCUGGGCGACCUGGAGAACUUCGAGAACGAGUGGCUGGAGGCGGCAGUGCGGCACCCGACCGGCUGGCAGGCCGCUCCCCCCGCUCCCCCCGAGGACCUCGAGGGGGCAGUGCCCCCCUUCCUGCGCGACCGCCUGCCCGGGGGCCGGCCCGACAAGGGCAAGUGGACAGGCCCGCUCUACAAGCACUCGCACCUGGAGACGGACGUGAACAACCGCAGCGACCGCAUCGAGUGGGGCCACGCCCGCUACCAGACGCUCUACAAGCCCGGCCGGGCGUACGAGCUGGUGGUGCAGUGGGUGGCGUCGUCCGGCGCCAUCGUGGCCGACCUGAUCAUGGGCUGGGCGCGCAAGGCGCAGACGUGCGGCCUGCAGGUGGUCCCGAUCCCGGCGGACCCGCUGGCGCUGCCCUUCACGCACAAGUCGGACCCCCUGCGCGGCCCCAUCUUCGUGCCGCUGGACACCGAGUGCCUCAUGGGCACGCGCAGCUACCUGUUCGAGAGUGCGUGCCGUACACACACCUUGUUCGAGGAGGACUCGUGGGAGCAGCGCCUGUUCCUGCUGCAGGAGGCCGUCCUGCAGAGGUUCGGCUUCCUGCGCUGCGUGUCGGAGGGGCCCGGCGCGCUGGCCGGCGCGCACCACGAGCAGUUCGUGCACCUCACCGGCGUCAUGUUCGUGCUCGUCCCGUCCUGCCUCUGCCCCAGGGAGCAGAGGGACGGCGCGGCGCGGCCGGGGCUGGCCACACGGCAGCUGGGCGUCACGGGAGCGCGCCGCUACCCCGUGCACUCGGACGCCCUGUCCAGCCCCCGCGAGGAGCACAUCACGCGCCACGUCAGCGGCAAGAACAAGGGCGACUACAGCACGGAGCGCAGGACGGGGUUCCUCUGGUCGUGGAACCACAUGCUGUCGCGGCGCUGGCGCUCGUCCACCACGCCCGCCACGGGCGACGAGGCCUUCCAGGCCAAGUUCCUGCGCGACUUCCGCGACUUCUGCGCCAACAGCGACAACCGCCUUCGCCUCUUCUGGGAGGCCGCCUGGGCCGCCCGCGACCGCGCCUCCUGACCGCCAAGCCGUCUCGCUCCGUCUCGCUCCCUCUUCCUCUGUGCCGAUACCUCGCAGCCGCGUGAACCACUGCGUUCCGAGCUCUCUUUCGGCACCGACCAAGGUACGACUAAAUACUAGGGACUGGAAAAUUUCGCGGUUUCAAUGACCACUAGGAUAAGACUCCACGAUUCUCUAUGUACUCGGGCAACUAUCACCUGGUCAUUGGCUAUACCGACUCGGGACACCUGUUUUACUGCGAUUCUUAUGAUUCGAUACUUCUUUUGUUGAGUGUUUUUGCCAUCGGCUCAAGAGUCGUUCAGGUAAAUUGCGGUCCAAUCACCGACGCAGCACUGAGCUGAACGAGUUUGGAUUUCCAGCCUGUCUCGAAAAGGAACCCGCGAAUUUUUUCCGGUCUCUACUAAACACUGAAGCAAAAGGAAGGAGUUUUUUGGAACAGGAAUUUUGUAAUAUUUUUUUUGUGUCGGUGCUACGAUUGUACAUCUGUUCUCGGUAAAUCUGUGCUGUAGAUGAAUGCACACUCGUAUUUGACAGCCUGGGUGCCUCCUACGCGAAGUGUCGGCCGGAUGGAUACUGGUACAAAUGACGUGCUGUUUGCGAGUAUGUUGUAGUCGCAGGCACGGGAAUGUUAUGGACUCUAGUAAAAAAAAAUGUCAGUGAUAUCCCCCCCCCUCUCUCCAGCUAUUUCUUCCCCACCUUCUUUUUUUUCUUUUUUUUUUAGUUGUAAUCACUCUCUGUGGCAUCCACACCCUUAUUGUUUUGCAGUUGUGGUGAAGUUAACGUUUACUUCCAUCAGUCACUGCAUUUACCAACUGAGGCCAGGUUAGGAAUACGCCACGGUCUCUCAUUACAUUUCCUGAUAUUCAGUCCAUCGAACCUAUAACUCUGCCAAAUCGAAUGGAAUCGGUAUAGUCAAAAAGGUUUUUUCUAUUUUCAAGCACUAAAAUUUUUUUUACAAUGGUAUACCAAUUGUCAGGAAUUUAUUUCACAUUAAGAUUCAUUGUACCGAGAAAAAAAAGUCGAUUUUUCAGUAGUAAAUAUUUUUGGGAGCACCACAUCCUUAAUUGUAUCUUUGUCCGCAAUGCUUAAGGGCUUAUGCUAUGCUUUCGUAACUCAGCAUCGGAACAUUCUAGUAAAGGUUUUUGGCUUUUCGUGGUGCUAUUAAUUUACUUAUAAGAUUGUCGUUUUAUAUGUGACACAAUUUUCAUCAGAGUUUGUGUACACAGUUAGUUUGUAAUACAGUAAACUCCCUAUUAUCCGCGGGCGGAUGAUCUGCGGUGCGGAUUAUCCGCGCAUGCUACGAAAAAAUACAGCACAUAUGUAAAUCUGUAUUUUAUUACAAGUGAGCAAAUUUGAACUCUACUGACGAGUGUAUUGCGUUCAGUAUACAGUAAAACGCCACAGGCCUUCUCAGAACUCACGCAGUAGGCUGGCAUGCAUUGCUAUUUUUUGUCUCUGUCGCGCUUUGUUUUAAGUCGUAUGGUUGAGCACUUUUAUGUUACAUUGCUGAAAUGUAUUGUAUGUUAAUAAUUCAGUAAAAUACUAAAAAAUUUUUACUGUACAUAAAUGUUUAGAUUUUUAAGUUGAAAUUAAAGUUUCCUUUUUUGUUUCCCAUCUUCGGCUCUUUUGCGGAUUAUCCGCGAUUUUCACUAUCCGCGGUGGCCCUGCCACUUAAUUUCACGGAUAAUCGGGAGUGUACUGUACUUUGAGCAUGUAUGUAUAUGGCUGGUUCCUAUGCUGGUAGCAGAAAGUUGUCUGAUUUAUUUAUUUCUCCAGUCAUCCUGCUGUCUAUAUGUAAUCUUUUUUUAUAGAGAGAUUAAUAUAAUAUUCUGGAUUGUCACUCUUGUUAACGUGAUCUACUGAUACGUCCUGUACAUCUAUUUUCUUGUGUGCUAUCCUAUUUCUUCUUCCUUCUUUAGAUGUUCAAUUCUUUCUUCCAUAAAGGCUGGAUGAAAAAAUUAUAGAAAAUAAUUUUGUGGCAGUUUGUUUGUUGCUUACCUAAUGCUUAUCAUCGUGAGGUGUUGAAUAAAUGUGAUAUGGGAUGUUUUCAUCACAAGGAGAUUUAUAAUAUAUAUAUAUAUAUAUAUUAAAGACAACUUUGUUACAUUGUUAAAUAAAAUAUGUAAGUUUAA